GUUUCGUAGUGCUCGUUCGGAGCAGCCGGAAAGUGCCAGACGUUUUUUUUUUCUCUCUCUGAAAUGUAACGCAAAACAUUUCCUUCCGUUGAUCCUAGCUAUCUGAUGGAAGGAAUCCACCUUCUAUAAAGAGACUGGACGCUUUGUUUUUGCUGCCGUGUGUUCUCCUGACCGAUCAGGAAGACGUGAUUUUUCUUUUUGCUCGGUUCUUAUGGUUGGAGAUGAUGAAUGUAAGUGAAAGCGGCUUGGUGUCGGCGCUCCUCGUCCUUCUCCGCUCCGUGGUUCCUGCGCUGCUGCUGCUCGCGGUGUCACGGCGGCUGUGGUCGGUCAGGUGGAGCGCGGCACGGGACAAGACGUGCGCGCUCCCGCUGCCGGAGGGCUCCAUGGGCUGGCCGCUGAUCGGAGAGACCUUCCACUGGCUCUUUCAGGGUUCCAGCUUUCACAUCUCCAGGCGAGAGAAACACGGCAAUGUCUUUAAGACCCACCUCCUGGGGAAACCUGUGAUUCGCGUGACUGGCGCUGAAAACAUUCGUAAGAUCCUGCUGGGUGAACAUACCUUGGUGAGCACACAGUGGCCACAAAGCACGCGCAUCAUCCUUGGACCAAACACGUUCAUCAACUCCGUCGGUGAGCUGCACAAGAAGAAACGAAAGAUCUUGGCACGAGUGUUCAGCCAGACAGCACUGGAAAGCUACCUGACGCGCCUACAGGACGUGGUAAAGGGUGAAAUCAGUAAGUGGUGCGCUGAAGCUGGCCCGGUGGAAGUUUACACUGCUACAAGGUCGCUUACGUUCCGCAUCGCUGUGCGUGUCCUGCUCGGCCUGAAGCUAGACGAGCGGCGCAUCACACACCUCUCUAAGACCUUUGAGCAGCUCAUGAACAACCUGUUCUCUCUGCCCGUGGACGCACCUCUCAGCGGCCUGCGCAAAGGGAAAAAAGCACGAGAUAUUCUGCACGCAGAGAUGGAGAACAUCAUCAAAGACAAAUUAAAGAAGCAGAACACAGACGAGUACUGCGAUGCUUUUGACUACAUGCUGAGUGCCGCAAAGGAAAACGAUUACAACCUGACCAUGCAGGAGCUCAAGGAAACAGCAGUGGAAUUGAUUUUCGCCGCACACUCAACCACAGCGAGCGCGUCCACAUCUCUCAUCCUUCAGCUGAUGCGUCAUUCUGAAGUCACCGAGCGUGCAAGGGCUGAACUGGAGGCUGAAGGUUUAUUGGUGGAUGCUCCCAACUCUGGUUGCUUAUGCUGUCAUGAAAACAGCAAUUCAUGCUUAAACAGCAAGGCUGAAAAGGACACAAAUGACAUGGCACGGCUCCGUCUUAACUCCAAACCUCUUCUUGAUAAAAUAACCCGGUCUGACAGACAAGAAGGUCAUCGAUCGUGGAUCAACGUACCAUAUUUGAGUCUAGAGACUCUCAGUCAGCUGUGCUACUUGGACUGUGUGGUGAAGGAGCUGCUUCGAUUUCUACCACCAGUGUCCGGGGGAUACAGGACAGUGCUGCAGACGUUUGAGCUGAAUGGUUAUCAGAUCCCCAAAGGCUGGAGCGUCAUGUACAGUAUCCGUGACACGCACGAGACUUCUGCUGCCUACACAAACCCAGAGCUGUUUGACCCUGAGCGUUUCGCCUCUGAAAGGGAUGAAAGUAAAAAUAGUCGAUUCAGCUAUGUGCCGUUCGGUGGCGGCAUACGCAGAUGCAUCGGACGCGAGCUUGCCUUGCUCAUGCUCAAAAUUCUCAGCGUGGAGUUGCUGGCCACAGCCGAGUGGACGCUUGCCACAGAGACAUAUCCCAGCAUGCAAACAGUGCCCAUCGUUCACCCGGUCAAUGGACUCCAUGUCCAUUUCAACUACAGGAAUCAUUCGAGUGGGAGAAACCGCAGGGAGUCCACACACAUAUAAAAAAAAGCACAUAUUUAUCAGUUACAGUUAUGUCACUUUGUGAUUUUUGAUCUUUGGGGUUUGGAGAUUUGGAGUGUUUUCUUAUUAUCAUUAUUUUUUUUACCAGUCCAUUAAUUAAAAGUCAGCCCAUUAGGGAUAACUGAAGUACAUUUCAAAAAUUGAUCAUAAAAAGGUUAAUUAAAAAGCCACGGCAGGAACAUGGAGGAUGCCUGAGGUUCAAUUCAAUAAAUGACUAAUCUGUUCAACCUUGGACAAGUUUAAUAGAAAGAAAAAACUGAGGAACAGAAAAUAUAGACAGGGUCAGGAUCAUUGAAUGAGAAAAGACUGGAUAUUGUUAGAACCAAAAUGAUUAUGCACAACCCACAAUAUUUACAGGGAUAUUGUAAUAAGACGAAAGCCUUGAAUGGUUCAAUACUGGUGCAUCUUAAGGCAAAGAUCGUAAAAGUAAUGAACUGCUUCUCUGUGUGCUUAGGGUUUGUGCUCCUUUAAUGCUACAUCCAGUUUGUCAAUAAUGCAUUGGUUACUUGCUUGGACAGUCUUAAGUACUACUUGGAUGGGAAAAGAUUCCCAGAUAGAGUCUGAUAGAGUAAUCUUGAAGAAGGACAUCUAUAUUUGCAGGAAAAUAGCGAUCCUGUCUUGGAAUAGCAAGUCCAGGUCUAUUGUUUUUGUUUUGACAUUUGGAUACGAGACCAAAAGAUGAAUAUGAGAAGAUAAAUCAGAAUUUCAGGUUACAGAUGUGUUAAACAAUUGACAGACCACCCAAUUUUUGGUGAGCAAAAGUUUUGUCUUAAAAAUAAAUAAGACAAUAUUUGGCAUGUUUCUUUGGCAGUUUCUUUCAAAUGUCGUUUCUCUCUUCAGACUCCUCUUCAGGAGGUAAAAUGUAGACUCAAUUGGGUUAAGGUCUGACGAUUGACUUGGCCUUUUUACUAAAACCUAAAACCUUCUAAAACCUUUUACUUUUUUCUCCCUGAUGAGAGUCCUUUGUUGUGUUGGCAGUUUGUUUUUAGUUAUUGUCUUGCCGCACGAUGACGUGUCCCGCAGUUAGACUGGAUACAGUUCUCUGUAGAUCAGCAGACAGAAUGUUCCUGUAGACUUCAUCAUUAUGAACCUGUUCAUGAAGCAGGUCUACAAGCCCAAGUCAUGACACCAAGCCAUUGAUGAGCAUGUACUGUAUAUUUUGGAUCAUGCAGUUCUCAUCGCCAGUUUUCACCUCUGUAUUACAUGUAAAUUCUCAGAUUGCUCCAUUGACCUCAAACCAAAUGUCAUAAAUGGUCCUUGCUGUUCUGCCAAAUAUUCUAUACAUAAUAUAUACAUUAUAAUUGUAAUACAAAUUAGAUGUAAAUUGUGAACUAACUACUUGCUUUAGGGCUUGAUUAUUACUGGGUCACAUGACCAUAAUACAUAUGUAGACUGUACUAGGAAGGUAAUAACGUCCCUAAACUCAUUAGCAGCAUCGUUUCUCUGACAUGCCCCUUUAAAUAGCAUUUAUAUUAUUGUUCGAUGUUUAUUUUUACUGGUCAGUUUUUAGAAGGUAACAGACGGCGUUAUCUUUCUAGACGCAUGCACACACAAUUGACUGAUAUGAUGGAUUCAGAUGGGACUAAACGUCCAGAGACACAUUACCCCUGCUCCCUUUUAAAAAAUUCAUCCAGUCCAAAUUGGGCUUUAAAGCUACUUAAACUUCUGAAUAACUUGUUUUUUUUUUUUAUUUUUUUAAUUAAUUAAGCGCUUGUUAGAGGAAAACUAACCACUCUUUUAUUGUUUUUACUCUCAUUUGUAUGUGAUAUAUAAACAAAAUGUGGUUUUGUUUGGUAAAUGAAGUUGGAAUUUUAAAUAAGCUCUAUUUAUGAUUCAUUUUUAAGUAGAGAAAUAUUAUAGAAAGUAUCUGUAGUUACUAGGCAUACUACAUUAACAUGGGAUAGCUGUUUGUCUUUGUUGGCUUCCAGAUGUUUACGACAGUACGUAGAAAUGUGAUAUCAUUUCACACUGUGUUAAAACGCUAGUCAUUAGCUCCAUUUAUUCCAGAUGUGUACGACAGUACGCUGAUGUAUGGCAUUUUUUUCUCACCACCUUUUCAUAUGCAGAAAUGCACCAUCACUUCACGCAGAGUUAACACGCUAUAAAUUAUGUUUAUUCUGAUUGCAAACUGUGAAUAAAGGUCCUUGUAGAAGGAUCGGUCUAAAACAGGGAAGGAGAAACCGGCAGCACUUUUACAUUUUUUUUUCUUUUGUAUAUUUGUAAUAAUUGUAUGUGAGAAUUUUCUAAUGUUUGUGCUUGUCUCCAUAGACACUCGCUCAGUAUUCUUUAUUAUCUGCUAUAUCAGUUUCUAAAGAUGCCUAUGGCUGACAGGUGUUCAGUGUUUCUCCCACUACAUAAGACUUGUUAAUAAAAAUGUGUUGGGUUUAUUUAUGCUAAAGCAGUGCUUUUAUUCAAAUUACUAUUAUUGUACGCAUAGGCAAGUUGAUGGACUCAUCACUUUUUUGGGGGCAUUAUCAGUAUCAACACUGUUAAUUUACUGUGGCUGCAUAUAUUAUUUAAAUAAAGUGCUUUUGCUUAUUAAAAUCAUAA